AUGGAAGUGGUUUUGGGUGGUGGGAGAGGUGUUGGAGAUGAAGCACGUGUUGGCUUAGAUGGAGGUUGUGGAAUAGGUGGCGGUGUAUAUGGAGGUAUGUUAGGUCUGGGUGGUAUCGGUGAUAGUGGAGGUCGGAUCUCUGCACUUGUCAAAGUAGAGGUCAGGUGGCUGCAUUUGAAGGUCAGAUCGGCUUCAUGGGAGAGAAGGGGAGCUGGAGCUCGAGCUGGAGGUGUCGGUCGAGGAGUUGGUAAGGGUGGAAGAUUUAAAAGAAGGGAUGGUGGUGAUGGAGGUGAUGCUGGCGGUGACUUUGGAGGUGGAGCAGGAGGUGACCUUAGAGAUGGUGGUACUGGUGGAGUCUUAGAUGGCGGUGGCGUUGUCUGUUGCUGGAGCAGAUCCGCCACCACCGAGCUGGAGCUGGAGCUGGGUCCAUUGCUGGGUUCCUAUGUAGCUGGAGCUGGAGGUGUUGGUGGUGGCAUAGGACGCGCUAUUUCCAUCAGCAAGCAGAGCUCAUCAGCCCAGCUCGGUCCGGGAAAGAUCCGUGCUUCUUCAGUUGGCGCCGUCUGUGGGAACUCGAAGAAAGGUACAAGUAGUUGUGUUGAUGGCGAGAACACGUUCUAA